AUGAAGCUUCUCGCGUUGGUCACCUUGGCAAUUGCAUCUGCCGAGUCCGCCGCGCAAACCUCUUGGAGCAAAGUCACCGUCGCCUACAAUCAACUCUACAAUGAUGUCUUGUCCGCCUAUGCUGACACCAACAUCCCCGCACAAAAGAAAGCUAACCGACUGCGUGACUUUUACAACAAAGUCGAUGAUUUAGUCGGACUUGUUGACGAGUCAUGCACCGAUUUUGCCGGGAGACACUGA